CUGAGAGAGCCAAGGAGCUGGCAUGCUGUAGAGCUGCUGAUCUGAUCCCAGCCUUAGAGAAACAGGAAGGCAGAUAUUUCCACCGUGUUGCCCAACACGACACUUCUAUAUCCAUUCUGUUUAAGUGUGGUGAGGUUGUGGACAAAGAGGAAAGAUGAUUCUGUCUUGUAGAAAAGAUCCUUACGGUCUCUCUUUGUAAAGACGAGAGAGCCGUGGGAAACGACGGCUGUAGGAGGAUCUGUACUGUUUUUUAAAGGGCCCAAACCAGGCAGGCUCUUUGUGGAAGGUGAAAGAAUGGCUAACCAGAGCUUUGCCAUCGAUGGCCCUGGCAGUUUGCUGGCUGUGCUGGCCUCGCAGAGUGGACUAGCAAGAGGCGGUGGCAGCAGCAGCGAUAGCAGCAGCAACAGCGGAGGACUCUCUGCCACAGAUGUGUCUGCCUACUUUAAGCUGGUCUUCUUAGGGUUGAUCAUCUGUGUCAGUCUUGUAGGCAACCUCUUGGUCUCCCUGCUGGUCCUGCGAGACAGGACACUUCACAAGGCUCCCUAUUUCUUUCUCCUGGACCUGUGCCUGGCCGAUGCAGUUCGCUCUGCUGCCUGCUUUCCCUUCGUGCUGGUUUCCGUCCACAACAGCUCGGCCUGGCCUUACAGUGAGUUGAGUUGUAAAGUUGUGGCUUUUAUGGCUGUGCUGUUUUGUUUUCAUGCUGCCUUCAUGCUGUUUUGUGUAGCUGUUACUCGCUACCUUGCCAUUGCCCACCACCGAUUUUACGCCAAACGCAUGACCAUCUGGACCUGUGCCGCCAUCAUUUGCAUGGUGUGGACUCUGGCAGUCGCCAUGGCGUUCCCACCUGUCUUUGAUGUGGGAACUUACGCGUUCAUUCGUGAUGAGGAUCAGUGUAUUUUUAAACACCGCUACCUGAAGACCAAUGACACCCUGGGUUUCAUGCUCAUGCUGGCUGUGGUGGUCCUGGCUACUCAUGGUUUCUACGCCAAGCUGCUGCUGUUUGAAUACAGGCACCGCAAGAUGAAACCUGUCCAGCUGGUGCCAGCUAUCAGCCAGAACUGGACCUUCCAUGGUCCUGGGGCCACAGGUCAAGCUGCAGCUAACUGGAUCGCAGGGUUUGGUCGUGGUCCCAUGCCACCCACUCUGUUGGGCAUCAGGCAAAAUUUACACAAUCAGCACCGGCGGCUGCUCGGGAUGGAGGAGGUGAGGUCAGAGAGGAGGCUGGGCAGGAUGUUCUACACCAUUACCCUGCUCUUCUUGGUCCUCUGGGCACCAUACAUCGUGGCGUGCUUCUGGAGGGUCUUUGUAAAUUCCUGCACCAUCCCUCAUAGGUACCUUUCCAUCACAGUGUGGAUGAGCUUCGCCCAGGCCGGAGUCAACCCCAUCUUCUGUCUCCUGCUGAACGAGGACCUGAGGAAAGUGCUGAGAGCUCAUCUGCCCACUUACUGGAGGACUAAACAACACCUGCCCCAGGAUGAGGCCUACUGCAUUAUGUGAGAAUAAAUUAGCUUAAAGAGGGGAAUGGUUCAUGAUUUAAAGAAAAAUUUGGAGAAGGGUUGCAGUGUCUGUUUUGUUGUUUUGCACAACAAAAUCAAAUUUUUGUUAACAAAAGCAGGCACAGUGCCGAUAUCUGAAGAAUGUUUAUAUGUGAAAAUGUGUGAGUUGCAAAGGUUUGCACAGGGCAGUAGAAAAGCCCUGGUAACACUUUAAUUGUUUGUAUCUCUGAUGAUGAACUGUGUUAUUAAUAAAUAGGAAAGAUCACAACAAUCACCACUCCAACUAAGUGUGACAGAUGCCAUUUUAAAAUAAUGUUGCCUUUUUUAAGAGGGACACGCCCCAGAGCUUUCAGCUGACAAUGCGUUUGUGUCACAUAAGGCACAAAACAGACACAGAGAGGCUUGAAAUCCUUGAAGAACUGUGCCGUGGACUGUGAAUAGAAACUGUUGAUCAGAGCGUUACUAACUCUGAAACACAUCAAGGAACUCAAAGGGUCUAAAUGGAUUGUUAGACCACCCUGGACACCUUUUCAUGUAAUUCAAAAGAGACUGCGGAAUAUCAAGUGGACCCAAUAACCUUGGAUACAUUUAAAUAGCUGUUGUGAACCCAGAAACCCCUAACAUGCUUGAUUUUUUUGGACUUGAUUUAGGGCGUGUCAGGUUUCUUUGUAUCAUUAAAAAAAAAAUUGCCUGUUUUCCUUUAUUUGUAAACAAUACAUGUUAAGCAGAUGACACUAUUUUGAAAUAUGACUUGAUUUCAUAUUGUAUAGACUGUACAGGAAUGGAUAUUCCUGUUUGUGUGUUUUUAUAGCGCAUUUGUGUGUAUGUGUGUGAGAAAGAAAAAAGCAGAGAGAAAAAAAAACCGCAGAGGGAAGUGGAAAGAGACAAACAGAAAUAAUGAUGAUAGAAAAAGUUCCAGUAAUACUGAGUCAAUAUGAAAGCAGCCUCAUCUUGUGGUCUCAAAAUCAUGGAAAAUUGAGCAAUCUCAUCAUAUGGAAAUUUAUCCUUUAAAUGGAUUUUUAAGCUAGAUUUUUAAUGCUAAUGUGCAAGCAAUUGUGAAAUACAGAUGGAUAAUGAAAAAAGGGGAAACAAUAAUUAGAAAACAACAAUUGUACAUUGAUAACAGGCCAUAGGAUUUAAUGACUUGAAUGAUGAUGUAUAUUACGUUAUUUGAAAAAAAAAAAAUCAUUAGGAACUGUACAUUUAUUUGCAAAUGACGAUCUUGGGAAUGUUUUAAAGUACUGUUAUGCUCUCACCAGAAUACAAAAAAAUGAGAAAAUGAAGUGGCACUUAAUUUAAAUGAAACUUGAAUGUUACUGGGCCAUCUUAUAUUCCCUCCUGAACAUUAAUGCCAGCAUUUGAGUGUCUGGAUCGCAGUAUGUUCAAAAUCCAAACAUCUUCAGGUUGUAUACGACCCCAAUUUGUGUGGUGUAUGAAAACUGGCUUAGACAACACUGAAUUGUCUCUCCAAAUUACUCUUCAUGUAACGCAAAUGUCUGACCUACAGUAUGUUAGGCAUAGAUAUACUUGUGCAGUCAAUUUUUUUAAAAUGUGGACACUUGCACACUGCAUACUGUACUAGCAUGCAUUCCACUGCAUUUCAUAGAUUAAAAACUGGGGAUUACAACUUGUACAGAUGUUGGUAUGGAAAGAUGAAGUGAAACUUGAACAGAGGUCCAUAAUUUUUACGUCUGGCAUUCCUUCACGAGAUGAUAUUCUGUAACUGUACAGUUUAACUGAGUUGGUUCUUUUGCCCACUCAUCAAUAAA